UCACCUUUUUGUCCAUAUAAAAAUUUGAGGUUCCGAGCAACCGGCGGGUUUGAAGUUUGAACUCACUCCCCCUCAAAGUCCCCGUCUCUAUCUUUCUCUAGUCUCAAGAUCUGUGUGUAAGGUGACCAACACCAAGGAUUUCUUCUCCUCCCCUCCCGCGUCGUGCAUUUGCUCCAAGGGGAGCAGCUCCAGGACCAGGAGGGCGUUUCUUGAGCUGUUCUGCUCAGUUCGUGGAGCCCGCUGCUGUCAUUCAGGGGGUUCUUGGAGAAGGAUAAAGCAUCUUGCUGUACAGCCAUGGAUCAGUAUGAAGUGCUGGAGCAGAUCGGUAAAGGAGCAUUUGGCUCUGCUCUGCUGGUCAGGCACAAGCUGGAGAAGAAGAAGUAUGUGUUGAAAAAGAUCCGGCUUGCGCGUCAGACAGACCGCACUCGCCGGUCUGCCCACCAGGAGAUGCAGCUCAUUGCUACAGUGAGGAAUCCAUUCAUUGUGGAGUACAAGGAUUCAUGGGUGGAUAAGGGUUGCUACGUUUGUAUUGUUAUAGGGUAUUGCGAGGGAGGAGACAUGGCUGAAGCUAUUAAAAGAGCUAAUGAUACCCACUUUUCUGAGGAGAAGCUUUGCCAGUGGCUAGUGCAGCUUCUCAUGGCCCUUGACUAUUUGCACGCACAUCACAUUCUUCACCGUGAUGUCAAGUGCUCCAAUAUAUUUCUUACCAGGGAUCAGAACAUAAGACUUGGUGACUUUGGGCUUGCAAAAAUAUUGACCCCUGAUGAUCUAGCAUCCUCGGUAGUAGGAACACCAAGUCACAUGUGCCCAGAACUUCUUGCAGAUAUACCUUAUGGCAACAAAUCUGAUAUUUGGUCGCUAGGAUGCUGCAUGUAUGAAAUGGCUGCACUCAGACCCGCAUUUAAAGCUUUUGAUAUGCAAGCCCUUAUCAACAAGAUUACCAAGUCGAUUGUAUCACCUUUGCCCACAAGAUAUUCUGGUGCAUUUCGGGGACUUGUUAGGAGUAUGCUGCGGAGAAGUCCAGAGCAUAGGCCAAGUGCAGCGGAACUACUGAAACACCCACAUCUACAACCUUACGUGCUGCAAGUGCAUUUGAAAUCUUCCCCUUCUCGCAGCGUAAUUCCUGUGCAUCAAUCUCCAACUGAAAAGAGAAUGACAUUCGCCGCAGAGCCUGUUUACAGAAGCAAGGGCAGGAGGAACUCUUUGGGUAAUGAAAGGAUAGUAACCUUCAGCAAACCUUCCCCAGAGGGAAAUUAUAUCAGCUAUAUUCCGGGUAUGAAGGACUGCACCACGCCACAGAGUGCCAAAGAGCUGUCUGUUGAAGAAAGUCAGGUUGAGGACGUUACUAGUAAAACCGUGGCAGCAAGGACCUCAAGUAUCAUGAAGACCCCAAAGACAACUCCAUGGAAGAUGAUGACAACCCUGAAGAAUCGGCUAGAAGCUCCACAAGCAUCCUAUGACAGGACAAGUCAUAUUGAGCAGUUCUCAAGAACACCAGUUGAUAACAGGAGCACUCGGCUUGCCCGGAGAGCAUCGCUUCCGCUGCCAGUAUUCGAGACCCCCAAGCGCAGCAGCAUCAGCAUCCUGCAGCAGCUGGAGUCCCCUGACGUGUCCGUGAACUCGCCUCGCAUCGACAGGAUCGCCGAGUUCCCGCUCGCUUCAUCCGGGGAGGAGCCCCGGUUCUCGGUCGGCAAGCCCUCGCUAUCAUCUGCCCACGGCUCGUGCUCCGCGGCCACGCCUCCGUUCGUGGACCGGUCCAUCACCAAGGACAAGUGCACGGCCCAAACGCUCCGCACCGCCGCAGCGGCGGCCUCCGACGGCGAAAACGACAGUAGGGGCGACGACGACGACUCGUCCACGGGCCGCAACGCCACGGCGGCCGCGGUCUCGAGCCGCGGGUCGUCAGGAUCGUCGAGGCAGCGGCGGCAGCAGCAGCGCCGGUUCGACACGACGUCGUACCAGCAGCGCGCGGAGGCGCUGGAGGGGCUGCUGGAGUUCAGCGCGCAGCUGCUGCAGCAGGAGCGAUACGAGGAGCUGGGCAUCCUGCUGAAGCCGUUCGGCCCCGGCGAGAAGGUGUCGCCCAGGGAGACGGCCAUAUGGCUCACCAAGAGCUUCAAGGAGACAGGGCUGUAGCUUCCGCCGGUCGCCUUGGUUCCCUGCAGACGUCGCGACUUACGAGCCUCUUCUUUCAGGUUUGUAACGCGCGAUGUAGUAGCUAGCUAGCGUUAGUCCAUCUCAGUAGUUGGAUGCUGGGAGUGGACACCAUCUCAGUGUUGCCCCAGCUCAAGUAGUAUCAGUACCUUACCAUUAGCUAGCAGUAGUUAGUUUCUCAAGGCCGCCCCCCAGAAUUAACAGCAGGAAGUAGCAGACUGUAGCAGUAAAAAGGAGCUCUUGAUGAGGAAGCAUGUCUAGGUGAGGUCAUGCAAUCGUGAAUCGUGGUUGUAACCAUCUUAGAACUUAGGGAGUAGUUUCAGACUCUCAGUAUCACCGGCGCUGACGA